AUGAAGCUGACCACCCUUGUCGCUGCCCUCACCUUGGGCGUCGCCGACGUCUCGGGGCACUACAUCUUCCAGCAGUUCGGCCUCGGUGCUAAGAAGUUUGGCGUGUAUGAGCACAUCCGCAAGAACUCCAACUACAACUCGCCCGUGACCAGUCUGUCAUCCAACGACCUGCGCUGCAACGUCGGCGGCAACUCGGGCGCCAGCACCUCGGUUCUCGACGUCAAAGCUGGCGACUCCUUCACCUUUAUCAGCGAUACGGCCGUGUACCACCAAGGACCUAUCUCACUCUACAUGUCCAAAGCCCCUGGCUCGGUGACCGACUAUGACGGAUCAGGUGACUGGUUCAAGAUCUAUGACUGGGGCCCGACCUUCAACGGCGGCCAGUCGUCGUGGCCGAUGAGGAACUCGUACCAGUACACCAUCCCCAAGUGCAUCAAAGACGGCGAAUACCUGCUGCGUAUCCAGUCGCUGGCCAUCCACAACCCGGGCAGCACGCCCCAGUUCUACAUCAGCUGUGCCCAGCUCAAGGUGACGGGCGGCGGCAGCUCCAGCCCGAGCCCGACAGUCAAGAUCCCGGGGGCGUUCAAGGCGACCGAUCCGGGAUACACCGCCAACAUUUAUAACAACUUCAACUCGUACACUGUCCCCGGCCCAGCCGUGUUCCAGUGCUAG